AUGAACGCCGAGGGCCACGUAUGCCCUCAGACCUUUCUAUUUUUAGAACAGUACAGUGCACGCCUAUCUGCUGUGUCACAGGCACUACAGGAGUGUCUGAGUGCGUGUGAGCAUACUCAGCCUAACAUGUUGCCUGAGCCUGUGUCGGUAUUUGCAGCGUUGGCGUAUGCUUUGGAGGACUAUCUGCAGGCCUACAGCCAGUUCCUACCCAG